GGGUCUGAUAUGGAGGCAAAGGAUGAGGAUGAUUAUAACGACCUGGAGAUAGACACGCCCUCUGGUCACCAGUUCCAUGACGUAAACAAUGUAUUUAAUAUGGAGGAUAGGAUGUUCCCGCUAGAAUCAGAAUCAGGAUAUCUGCCACCUGAUUGCCUGCUGUCCACAGCCUCACCCUUGGUGAUGUCAACGUUCCUGACCCCAGCUAACCCGCUUCCCCUCGAUCACCACCCUUGGGGCUCCAUUGGCAGAUAGGCCGAGACCAAGAGUCCCCAAUGAUGGCUGACUGAAUAUGGCCUCCCUGCUACUGAGUGAUCAAGAUCCUGCUCCUGCUUCCCAGCGGACUGGUGUAUCAACGUUUGAGGGACUGGGGGAGACAACUGCACCACUUUUCGGUAGCCAGCCUGUGUCUGUUGUGCCUGCUGCACCCACAGAGGGUAGCAUCACUCCAGAGGAAGUGUCGGGGAUCAGCAGCUCGGGGGCGGUCACUGUCCAGUCAUCAGCGAGUUCAGAAGAGUUAGCUGGGUCAGGCCUAGAGAAAUUGCCCACCACUUCAUCUCCAAUCAUCAGUCAUGAGACAGCACAGUCCAUCAACUCGGGCCGUCACAGUUUCCCCAUGGAUGGCGCUUCAAUGCUGGAGAGUGCCACUGGGAUGUCGGACGUCCCCACUUCCACCUCCGGGCCCCUUGACCCCAACGCCCCACUCCUGCCUAGCAGUUUUCUCAGCUCCCUAGACCCUGAGUCCAUCCCCCUCCCCAGUCUUGUCACGGAGGGUGCCAUAGGUGGUUCAAACUUGUGGAGCGUACAACCCUCUACCCGGACUAUCCCCACCACUACCACUACCACCAUAACCACUAUAGACUCGACAGGGUCUAUGGAAGGACCGUCUUCCUCACGCAGUGCAUCAGCUCCAUUAAAAAUGGAACAUGCACAGUCGACAGUUAAUUCCAUCACUACCUGUACAGACUUUUCUAAAAUAUCUCUUGGGCGCUCUUCAAGAACUUAUCAAGAUGAAGAUAGGAACAAAAAAGAUCCAUCCGAAAGGGAAUUGCUGUUAGCCUUAUCAGAUUCAGAAACAGUUUCUUCUGGUGAGGAGAUAGCUGGGGAUCCAUUCAAUUACUGCAAUAUUGCAGUUCUCCUCAAGACAUUUAAGCCCUAUUUUGAAAUCCGUGGAUCUGCUUUUAACCAGUGGAUCGAUAAAUUGAAGUUGAAGGAGCUUACAACUCUAAAGACUAUGUUCAAGUAUGUUAAGGAACAGACCUGGAAAUCAGUGAUCAUAUUUUUCCUCUGUGGCAAAACACAAAUAAUGAAGAAAGACUGCUUUGGAAACCCGUUUGAAAGAUUGCUGAACUUCGCCAAAAGAGACCACCUGUUGGAAUAUCAGCAAUACUAUUCAGAGGUUGAAGAAAGACCACCAUCACAUGACAUAAUUAAUGGAAUGAUUCGUAGAAAGUUAAAAGCAGGAAAAUGUUCCUUUCAAGAAGCAGUCGACUGGGUUUUGAGUGGGAAUGUCAGUGAUGAACCUCGACCAUAUUGGCUCUCAAAAACAACUCCUUUUCUGGCAUUCCAUCUGUAUGGCGUGUUAGAGAAUUCAUCACAAUUACCACUCACACUGGACUACAAUGGGAUAUUAUACAAGCUAGCUGGUGUGAUAUUCCAUAGAUCAGAUAAGCCAAGCGGAGGUAAUGAUCACUACGUCGUCAGAGCGUUUGACCCCAAACAAGAAAUAUGGGUCUAUAAUACUGAAUCUGAUGGUGGCUGGGAGAAAGAUGAUGGGGAUCCGAGGACAAACUCUGAACAUACGUUCACUUUGUCAACUGUUGUGUAUAUCAUAGCAGUUCCACCAGAAAGCAUUAUUUCUCUAUCUACAAAGGCACAAUGUAUCAAACCACCACAAGAUAUAUAAUUAUGAUCACAUUAAACAAAUGAAGUGGUUGAUAUUCAAGCUGUGUAUAUUAAUCUAAAUGAUGAAACAGCCUGUCUGAUUGGAUGAUUAUCUUUAGGUGUUGCAUGAACAAUACUAAGAAAAAAUCACCAUUUUACAAUGUAUGUCAUAUACUUGCUAUGACAAUGUAUGUACCGAUUCACUUAGCUGUGCAGAUAUGUCCAAUUGGUUUGUGGUGCUGUACAAAUAAUCAGGGGGUUGAUUCCAGUCAGAAACACAACCAUCUCAAGACCGUACAUGUGUCAUGGCCUUUGGUACUUUGAUUUGUAUAGUUGUACAUUCCAUUUGAGAAUUUAUUUUAAUGCAAAAUUUUGGUAUGUUGUUAAUAUUUGUACAUCAAUAUAUUUUUCAUAGAAAUCUGAUUUCCU